UUUCUCUCCUCUCACGGCCCCCCUCUCUCUCCCCCUCUCUCUAUAAACUGUUCAAUCCCAAACUUCCCAAUUUUCCUGUUGUGUUAUCACACACACAAAGUCACACAAACACAUACAGAAAAUAUGCUUCCCUACCAAAUAAUGGACCAGUUUGUAUACUAUUUUGUUCUUUGUUUUAUACUUUCUUGAGCAGCUUAUGCUGCUUUUUGGUUGGUGCUAUUAAAAUUUCAAUAAAAUUUGAAUUUUUUAUUUCUCAAUCUCUCAUCGUCUGUUGUCGUUGACGUUCAGCACCCAACCAAGAACACACCGCCUGUACAUGAACCUCACCACGACCCGUAAUUUUUCCAAAUAAAUUAUUAUCCAUAAAGAAAAAGGUACCCUAUUUUUCUGCCUACUAAUGAAUUAUUUCAACUGAUUUGCUUCUGAACUUCUCCUCUCCCCCUCCAUUAUAGAAGAGAGAGAAAUUAAUAUCCGAAAAAAAUACCAAAAUUAUCAGUAUUUAUCGUCGUCACAUCAAAACCCCCAAUGGCGUUCCCCAACCAUUUGUCCCAGGAAAUGGGCCUCCACCAUUUCGCCGACCACCACCUGCCGGAAAACACCCCCGUCUUCCGGGGGGACGUCCUUCCCGAGCAGCUCGCUCCCGACGGGAAACCCCACCGCCCGCCGCCCGCCGCCUGGCUCAGCAGCGCCAAUUUCCUCAACCUUCACACCGACGCCGACUCCUCCUCCUCGCCGGCCGCGGCCGCCGCCGCGGGCAGCCAGUGGCUCUCGCGCCCGAUCCUGCAGAGGAGCGGCGGCGGCGUCGGGGAGGACGUCGUCCAGGUCUCGGGCGACUCGAUGAUGGCCGCCGCGAUUUCCCACGAGUCCGCCGAUUUGAACAACGGCGGCAGCGAGAGCGGCGGCGGGAGGCCGGCGGAGGGAGCGGUUGACUGGCGGAGCGCGAGAUGCAAGGCGGACAUCCUGGCCCACCCGCUAUACGAGCAGCUCCUGUCGGCGCACGUGGCGUGCCUGAGGAUUGCCACGCCGGUGGAUCAGCUGCCGAGGAUCGAUGCCCAGCUGGCACAGGCGCAGCAGGUGGUGGAGAAGUACGCGGCCCUUGGGCGCGGGAAUCUAGGCGAAGACAAGGAGCUUGACCAGUUUAUGACGCAUUAUGUCCUAUUGCUAUGUUCAUUCAAAGACCAGCUGCAGCAGCAUGUACGCGUUCACGCAAUGGAAGCAGUUAUGGCGUGUUGGGAGAUCGAGCAAUCUUUACAAAGCUUAACAGGAGUUUCGCCAGGAGAAGGGACAGGAGCAACAAUGUCAGAUGACGAGGAUGAUCAAGUAGAUGAUAGUGACGUGCAUUUGUUCGAUGGAAGCUUUGACGGUGCUGACAGUAUGGGAUUUGGUCCUUUGAUCCCAACAGAGAGUGAAAGAUCUUUGAUGGAGCGUGUAAGGCAAGAGCUCAAGCAUGAACUCAAGAAUGGUUACAAGGAGAAAAUUGUGGACAUUCGAGAGGAGAUUUUGCGCAAAAGACGAGCAGGAAAACUCCCAGGUGACACUACCUCAGUCUUGAAAGCCUGGUGGCAGUCUCACUCAAAGUGGCCUUAUCCCACAGAGGAGGACAAGGCGAGAUUGGUUCAGGAGACAGGAUUGCAACUGAAGCAGAUAAACAAUUGGUUCAUUAAUCAAAGGAAGAGGAACUGGCACAGCAAUCCUUCUUCGUCAACAGCCUUGAAAAGCAAGCGCAAAAGGUGAAAAGAGCAACAACAAUCAAGUGUGAUACAUGUAGCCGUGGGCUGUAAUUCCGCUCCAAAUGCUGGAUACCGUUUUUGGUUUUAUGUGUUUAGAACUUGGACUCGGCAGAUAAGAGGUCGGUUUUAUUCAAAAUGUACAAGUGCCAAAAACGAAAGCUUAGGGAGCUGGGUCUUUAGAUGUAAGUUGUUCAUUUGGAUGUUAUAAAGUUUAUAGUUACAUAAAUGGGUAUGAACAUAUGUUGUUACAUAGAUAUGUGUCUGGAGACUCAUCCUGCUUUUCCUUCUUUCUAAUAUGUUUCAACAUUUGUGAAUAAGUGAGGAUUAGUAUUUAAUAUACAUCUUAGAAACAUGUUACCUAUCAUCUGGUGUUGGGAAAUGGCUGCAAUGACGUAACAGUAAUGUACAGUGCGCUUGGUUUCGAACCGUGUUUUAUAAAGUAGCUAUGAAUUAAUUAGAAUGUGUGCUACCCUUAUGAACGUUUCAAAUGCAUUAGUAGUGUUUAGAAGAACACAAGCAUCCUGAUUCAGUUCGUUAUGCUAAUGUUUCGAAUGCAUUCGCGUCUGGAAGCGCGCGUAAGACCAAAAUGAAUAAAACGCUGCAAGGAAACACUCAAAUAAUCAAUCGUUGUCCAAGUUUUGGUCUCGACAACAUCAGUCUCGCCAAAAGGCAAAAAAAAAAGAUGCAAGGACACCGCGAAUCAAAAUUUUCAUACUGUGGUGCACAAGUUCAUAUUAUGGUUAAGACCCAAAUCAACAUAACUCAACUAAGAUCUCCUUAUUUGGAGAUACUUCCAUAGGAGAUGCAACUUCCUUAUCACUCUUACUGCCAUUGCUGUUAUUGUUGCUGCUGUUGUUGUUGUUCCUUACGGUCCUCUGCUCGCCUACCGAUCUCAUCUCCUUCACUCCCACCGACAAUGCCUCGAAUCCCCUCCUCAGCUCACUUGGCCUUGGAGAUGGCGGCGGCCGGUGGCUACUGAACCCCGGCGGCGGUGUCCCUGGGGGCGAGAGCGGCAGUCUCGCAGAAAAACUGACGGCCGGCCAGUCGGAGUCGGAAGGUGAAGAACCCAUGUUGUCGUCGUCAAAAUUUAGUGCGUAGCUUAGGGGGUCAUAGCUGAAGUCAGCCGACGAGUGGCGGCGGUGGCGAGAGGAGAAGAAUCUGCGGCCGCCGCCGCCAGACGGCCUGCCCUUGGCCUCCGGCAAGUCGCCGGAUUUUGGCUUGAACCACGCGCACGAGAAGGACGAUUCGUCCACGGUGGCUCGCCGGCGGUGUCGGGGACCGGCGCCGUUGAAGCAACACGAGAUGUUGCCGACGACCGAGGAUUUCUUGCGCUGGCCGGCAAGCGUCUCCCGGUCGUCGUCCGCCAUAUUAUUAUUAUUGUUUGUGGAGUGAUUUUGAUUGAAUGGAAGUUGUCAACUAUGGAGAAUGCUUGGGUAAUGAAUAUGAAUGAAUGUCUGAUUGGGUAUGAAAGAUUGUUGCAUGGGAGAUCAUGAGUUUAUAUAAUGUUACUAAUAAUAGUAAGGAGGAAAUGAAUUGGGGAGUUGGUUGACGGUGGAUUUGCACUUCACUUGUAUGUGUGUGCGCGCUUGACUUGCG